ACGAUUUUGGUCUUGAUUUGGACACAGGCAACUCAUGAUAAUGUAACUAAACAAAGAUCAAAUAAAUUGAUGAAGGUGGGAACUACCUUUUGUUACUCCCAUAAUUCAUCUCCCUACUUUGCUCCACCUUUUCUUCGCUGACGAGCUGCGAGAAUCUGAAUCCGGCGUGCAUCACAAUGGCUCCGAUUCUGUCGGAAAAUGGCGUAGAAGGAGACGACGAGAGGGAGGAGGAGGAGGAGGAGGAGGAGGAGGAGGAGGAAGAGGAGGAAGAGGAAGAAGACAUGGCGGACGACGAGGAGGAGCCGAAACUCAAGUAUCAGAGAAUGGGAGGAAGCGUAUCAUCUUUGCUGGCUAGAGAUGCCGCCUCGUGCCUUGCCGUUGCGGAGAGGAUGAUCGCACUUGGGACUCACGCCGGCACCGUUCAUAUUCUUGACUUUCUCGGGAAUCAGGUUAAGGAAUUUAGUGCUCAUACUGCCAUAGUCAACGAUCUUAGCUUUGAUACAGAAGGUGAAUAUGUAGGCAGUUGUUCGGAUGAUGGUUCGGUUGUAAUAAAUAGUCUGUUCACUGAUGAGAGAAUGAGGUUUGAGUAUCAUCGUCCGAUGAAGGCAAUUGCAUUGGACCCAGAUUAUGAGAAGAAAACUUCUAGGAGAUUUGCAGCAGGUGGUCUAGCGGGCCAUUUGUAUUUAAAUUCAAAGAAAUGGCUAGGAUAUAAAGAUCAGGUCUUGCAUUCUGGUGAGGGUCCAAUACACGCAGUAAAAUGGAGAACAAGCCUUAUUGCUUGGGCAAAUGAUGCUGGCGUAAAGGUGUAUGAUGCUGCAAAUGAUCAGCGAAUUACUUUUAUUGAAAGACCAAGAGGAAGCCCACGUCCUGAACUUUUGCUCCCUCAGCUAGUUUGGCAGGAUGAUACUCAGUUGGUCAUUGGCUGGGGAACAUCUGUGAAGAUUGCAUCAAUUCGAACAAGCCAGAAUAAAACAGCCAAUGGAACACAAAAUAGUCGGCACGUUCCAAUGUCUAGCAUGAACCGGGUUGAUGUAGUGGCAUCUUUUCAAACUAACUACUUAAUCACAGGAAUUGCUCCAUUUGGGGAUGUCCUGGUUGUUCUGGCUUAUAUUCCCGAGGAAGAAGGUGAAAAAAGUUUUAGUAUAACUGCUCCAUCCCGGCAGGGAAAUGCCCAAAGACCAGAAAUUCGUGUCGUAACAUGGAACAAUGAUGAAUUAUCUAAUGAUACCCUACCUGUACAUGGUUUUGAGCAUUACAAGGCAAAGGACUAUUCCCUUGCACAUGCUCCUUUCACAGGCAGCAGCUAUGCUGGUGGUCAGUGGGCUUCUGGUGUUGAACCUAUGUACUAUAUUGUAUCCCCAAAAGACAUAGUUAUUGGGAAACCCAGGGAUGCGGAAGAUCACAUUUCUUGGCUUCUUGAACACGGUUGGCAUGAAAAAGCUUUGGAAGCAGUCGAAGCAGGUCAAGGAAAAAGUGAACUCCUUGAUGAGGUGGGAUCCAGAUAUCUUGAUCACUUGAUUGUGGAGAGAAAAUAUGCUGAAGCUGCCUCGCUGUGUCCCAAAUUGUUGCGAGGCUCUGUUUCUGCUUGGGAGAGAUGGGUUUUUCACUUUGCUCAUUUGUGUCAACUUCCUGUAUUGGCUCCAUAUAUACCAACAGAAAACCCCAGAUUGCGUGAUACUGUUUACGAGAUGGCUCUCGUUGCUCUUGCUUCAAAUCCGUUGUUUCACAAGGAUCUAUUAACGAUUAUUAAGUCUUGGCCAUCAGUGAUUUAUUCUGCCCUGCCCGUUAUUGCAGCCAUAGAACCUCAGUUCAAUACUUCUUCAAUGACUGAUGCUCUUAAAGAAGCAUUAGCUGAGCUGUACGUCAUAGAUGGACAGUAUGAGAAAGCUUUUUUGCUGUAUGCUGAUCUGCUGAAGCCAGAUAUAUUUGACUUUAUUGAGAAAUACAAUCUGCAUGAGGUGAUUCGUGAGAAGGUUGUCCAACUCAUGAUGCUAGAUUGCAAGCGUGCAGUUCCCUUGUUUAUCCAAUACAAGGAAUUAAUUCCUCCAAAUGAAGUUGUUUCACAGCUUUUCAAAGCCGUUGAUAAGUGUGAUUUCAGAUAUUUCAUGCACCUGUAUCUGCAUUCCUUAUUUGAAGUAAAUCCACAUGCUGGAAAGGAUUUCCAUGACAUUCAGGUGGAGCUUUAUGCUGACUAUGAUAUAAAGAUGCUGCUUCCAUUUCUUCGUAGUAGUCAACAUUAUACACUUGAGAAGGCAUAUGAAAUUUGCAUUAAAAAAAAUCUUUUGAGGGAGCAAGUCUUCAUUCUUGGAAGAAUGGGAAACGCAAAACAAGCCCUUGCUGUCAUCAUUGAUAAAUUAGGAGAUAUAGAAGAGGCAGUAGAGUUCGUUAGCAUGCAGCAUGAUGAUGAACUUUGGGAAGAACUAAUAAAGCUAUGUCUUCACAAGGCGGAAAUGGUUGGCAUGUUAUUGGAGCACACAGUUGGCAAUCUAGAUCCUCUUUAUAUUGUGAACAUGGUUCCCAAUGGAAUAGAGAUACCUCGCCUUCGGGAUCGGCUAGUUAAAAUCAUUACCGAUUACCGAACAGAAACCAGCCUCAGACAUGGAUGCAAUGAUAUCUUGAAGGCCGACACUGUGAAUCUAUUGGUUAAGUACUACAAAGAGGCUAGACAUGGAGUUUACUUGAGCAAUGAAGACGAUGAAGUACGCGGGAAAAGGAAUGAAAAUAAGGUUUCUCAGUCGAUUCAGAAAUCUUUGAGUGUUAGAAUGAUGGAGGUUAAGUCGAAAACUCGGGGAGGCGCUCGUUGCUGCAUAUGUUUUAAUCCCUUUUCAAUACAAAACAUAUCUGUUAUUGUGUUCUUUUGCUGUCAUGCGUACCAUGAGACUUGUCUCAUAGAAUCUACUUCCAAUCUUGAUGCUAAAAAAGGGACGGGAGAGACUCGGCAUGAUUCAGUAUCUGACUUCAAUUACGAUAACGGAGAAAUAGAGGACGAUGAUGAGGACGAGGCAGAUAUGGGCGGUCCUAGAAUGCGUUGUAUCUUAUGUACUACUGCUUCUUCCAAGAGUUGAUACCCUUUGUUUACUUCCUCUUUGUUGGGCUUCUUUGAACGCGUUUAUGCGCAUACAGGCAUGUACAGGCUACCAUCUCUUGCUUGCUUGCAUUGCUAUUUAUAUUUUUCUUUAUCAAAGUUUGUAUAAUUAAGGUUGGAAGCUUUUGUUUGAUGGCUGGAGCGAUUUUUAUUUGAUACAAAGCUCGAAGUUAUGUUCGGGUUUGUAAGAGUUGUAUGAAUAUACUUAGUUGAGUUGGGUUAUGUGAUUUACGAGCUGAAAGUGAUUGACAUUUGUAUAUUUUCUUUUUCAAAUUCGAUUCUUAUGAGAUAUGUAACUUUUUGUAACGU